UCAGACCUGUAGCGCCUCCUACCCGUCUAGCCAUAGCCAUUGAUUCUUCAACGUUAGAAUUAAUGCAGACAGAGAUGUCUCUGAGACAAAGACUGGCCACCAACAAGCAGCCAUCAGAUGCAGAAGAAGAAGAAGAACCUCUAAUAAUCCCAAACACAGCUACUCCCAGCUCGUCUUCUCCCUCUGUCUCACAAGAAGCCAUCAGUCAGACUCUGGCAAGCACUGCCCACCUCGCCAACCUCCUCCCCACGGGCACCCUCUUGGCCUUCCAACUCCUCACCCCGACCUUCACCAACAACGGCACCUGCGACUCAGUCACCCGCCCCGCGACGCUAAUCUUACUGCUGGCGCUGGCUGCUUCUUGUUUCCUGGCUUGCUUCACCGACAGCUUCAAAGCACAAGAUGGAAAGGUGUAUCACGGUAUUGCCACCCGCAAGGGCAUGUGGCUCUUCGACUACGCAGGCUCAAGCGCUAGCGCUCCAGAUGAUCUCAGCAGCUACAGGAUAAAGUUGAUUGACUUUGUCCAUGCAGUCUUAUCAGUGCUGGUGUUUGUUGCAGUGGCGCUGAGAGAUAGGAAUAUCGUCAGUUGCUUCUAUCCAAAGCCCAAGCAUGAGACCCAGGAAGUUUUGGACAUCGUCCCCGUUGCCGUCGGACUCAUCUGCAGCCUGUUGUUUGUGGUUUUCCCAACCACAAGACAUGGUAUAGGAUACCAUAUUACACCAGGCCAGGGAAGUAGUGAUAACACAUCUUAAGAUUGAAUGUACUGAUUUAUAUUCUUUUUAAUAUAUAUCCUUUAUUAGUGUAAUGACUCUCUCUCACUGUUUCCAACAACUGAUCAAGGUCUU